CACCAUCUCGAGAGGAAGUCAACCAAUGGGUCAGCUGUCGACUCUUCUCGCUCACCUCCACAGCUUGGCUGGGCCAGCCAUUACACUGAUCUAUCCCUUGUAUGCAUCGAUUCAAGCCAUGGAGAGCCCGGAGAAGCUUGACGACGAGCAGUGGCUGGCUUACUGGAUCCUCUACUCCUUCUUCACCCUCAUGGAAAUGGCAGCUGAGUCCAUCUUAUACUGGAUACCGAUCUGGUAUGAGAUAAAGCUGGUGUUGGUGGCUUGGUUGGUGCUGCCGCAGUUCAGGGGAGCUGCCUUUGUGUAUGAGAAAUUUGUAAGGGAGAAACUGAGGGAGUUUGGAGGAUCAGCAACAAACCCUAAUUCUUUCUCUCCCAAGGACAAGGCCUCCAGAGACAAGAAGAUCAAGAACAAGUUCCUCUCGUUUGUUACCUCGAAGAAGGUGAAUUAAUUAACUGAUCUCGUCUCGAAGUAGGUGUCUCAGUGUUCUGGUCAUGGUGUGUCUAUUGAUUUCUGUAAGUUCAUGAUCAAUGACAGUCGGAGCAUGAGGCAUACUGAAAGCAACAGUGGAAUAUAUAGUUCCUUUCUUCCUUUUUUUUUUUUUUUUUUUUUUUUUUUGUUUUUUUCCUUCUUGUUGUAUUGAAGAUCCUUUUGUGUAAUUAAUAUAUACACCACGCAG